AUGGACGUUCAAGUUCGUGAGCCCCUUUUCUCUCCGGAAUUCUUCUUAACUACCAAUACGUAUCAGUUUGGAAGCAGCCAAUUUGUCAGUAACGCAUAUCUUCUUGGCAAGGGCAACCAGGCUGGGGUGAUCAAAGACGACAUGAUCACAAUCAUCAUGGACGUCACAAUAUACAAGCAGCCCACGACCGUCACCGUGGUGCCACCAGUUUUGCCAAUGCGUGCGCUGUCGUCAAAGGAAUUUCUCAACCGGCAGGUUGCGCUGUCGUGUUCAGGGCGGGAUAACCACAGCGACUUCGUCCUCCGUUCCAGUGACGGGAAACUCUUUCCUGUUCAUGGUUUCCUCUUAAUGGCUCAUUCGCCGGUCUUUGAGGCGAUGUUGUCUCACGAUUCGCGCGAGAAACAGCAGUCACAAUGCGAUCUGGCGGAUGUGGACAGCGAAAGCGUGGAGAUUCUGGUGAAUUAUCUUUACGGAUGUCAGGCCGAACGGGUUAACAUCAACAAUGCGGAGAAGGUUCUGAUCAUGGCGGACAAGUACCAGAUUCUGGAUCUGCGUGCCGUUUGUGAAGCUUUGUUGUCGGAAACGCUUGAUGUGGACAGCAUGAUGGAGCGUUACAUUUUGGCAAGUCAUCGAGGGCUUGAUGUUCUGAAGAAUGCAGCGCUGCGAGUUAUUGGACGCAAUAUGCAGACUGUUCUCAAGGACGACGGGAUGCGGGCCGCCAUGCAAUCGGAUCCAGGUUUGCUCUCUGUUAUCGUGGAAUAUUACGAAAAGUACUGUCGCUGA